AGAGCGCAUGCGCCGCGGUACCGGAAGUGUAACCAGCUGAUAGUCAACAGAGAGGCUGCGACACCUGCUACCGCUGGAACAGCUCCUCGGACGAGACAACAGAAGUCGAGUCUCCAUUAACACAGCCCAGCUUUGGGGGGCUACUUGAGUGACCAAUCACCCCCCCCCCCCCCCCCCAUUUGAGGGAGGAGGCCCAUCUCCCCAGCCGUCUCCUGCACAGGUCAGUAUGAGCUCCAGAGGGAGUGGUGGCCGCUCCAACGGCGCAUUACCGCAGACCAAGAUCUGCCAGUUCAAGCUGGUGCUGCUUGGAGACAUGGCCGUGGGCAAGUCCAGCCUGGUCCUUCGCUUCGUCAAGGGACAGUUUGAUGAGUUUCAGGAGACGACCAUAGGAGCUGCGUUCUUGGCUCAGUCGGUGUGUCUAGAUGAUACCACAGUGAAGUUUGAGAUCUGGGACACUGCAGGCCAGGAGCGGUACCACAGCCUGGCUCCUAUGUACUACCGUGGAGCUCAGGCUGCCAUCGUUGUGUUUGACAUCACCAAACCGGAGACCUUUGAGAGAGCCAAGGCCUGGGUUAAGGAGCUGCAGAGACAGGCUAGUCCUAACAUUGUUAUCGCCCUGGCUGGAAACAAAGCCGACCUGGCUGAGAAGAGACUUGUGGAGUAUGAGGAAGCUCAGGCAUACGCUGAGGACACCAGUUUACUGUUCAUGGAGACAUCCGCCAAGACGGCCAUGAAUGUGAACGAGAUCUUCUUGGCUAUUGCUAAAAAGAUGCCUAAAACAGACACCCAGAACCCAACACAUGCAGCGCGGCAUCGCGGAGUCAACCUGCAGGACCCAGAUGCUCAAUCCACCCGAGCCUGCUGCGGAGGGAACUAGACCUCUACAAGCUCUGCCUGCUUUCCCCAUCCACAAAGCCACAGCUCCUCCGUCAUCUUUCUCCUUCAACCCGUGCACCGGGGUGAGCCGUAUGAGGGGGAAACCUGGCGUCCUCUCACCCCUGUACACUGGGUUCAUCCUUCUGUCCGAGCACACUGACACCCAAAGGAGGGAGAAAGAUGAGGCAGCUGGAGGACAGAGACAUGGUGCGUGUGUGCAUUUAAAAACCAAGCAAAGACGGAGAUGGAAAAUAAAGAACAUGGGAGAUGGUGGCAAGCCUGUUGUAGUAUUUAGUACCGGUUGUGAAAUUUCUGUUCCUGUCAGCCUUGCAUUAUUUUAGUUACAGCCGUGUUGCAUAAAGAACCGACUGAACAGCGCGUGUUGGCGAGUGGACAGAAAGUAGGAACAGAACCCAACAUGAAGGUUGCUUUUGGCGUCUUGAAGCUGGCUUUGCCUCACUCGCUGUGAACAAUGCCACAUUUGCACUUCUGGGAUUCCCCUGUCACACUCGACCUUCCCAGAACUAAAGCUCAGUUUGUCGAUCACGCCGGGUGGUGAAUAUGUACAGCUUAGACUCUCUGGCCUGUCUGUGAGGUGUUCCAGCAUCCCUAGAGCCUGCCCUGUAGUCCAGAUUUAAACAGUUGGGAAUGCUGCAUGAGUGUUGAUGAGGGCUUCUUGUACAGAAACACUAUAGAUAUGAAGUGUGUGAACAUCUGGUUUCCUACUUUAAGUGGACGUCCUGAUCUGGCAGGUUACAAGUUGAAGUGAGUGGUUUUAUUGCAGGUAAGAUCCUAUUUCUUUUGCAUGUAAAGGAUCAGAAUACUGAUUUUCUGAGGCUCAGAGGUUUUGUUGGUGCACAAAAGACUCAAACUCCAGGCUCACAAUAAACCCGUUGGAUCUCUUCUGUUCUUGUUUUGGUUAAUGUCUCUAACUCUGCGUCCAAAGGCCGGGUUGCUGUGGUGAUGUUGGAUGGGUUAGGUGUUCGUUGGCGGUGUGGUGUAGCUGUCAGAAGGCUCGGCCGAAGAAAACGAAAGAGAAAAACAGAAGUGCCUACUCCCAGUUUUCUCUAGCUCUGUAGACAUGAACAUGAUGCCCUGACGUCGGGCUACGCCGCGCUGGCUCUGUGGAUGUGAACAGAUGUUGUCAAACACUGUAAUAUAUUGUCUUAAUUUAACAAAUGUAUGUUUGUUCUAGCAGAGCACACCUGUGACCCUGGAAUGGAUCAUUUAAAGGACUCUAAUCAGUGUUAUAAAUUUAUUUGAUUUAAACAAA